AUGUCAGAAUUGCAUACUUUGCUCACUUUACCAGAGAGGCCCAUUUCGGAGAAUUAUUAUGUGUCAAGACUACAACAUUUCCUACAAUCUGGUAUUCCAGCUACGUAUACUUUAGAGCAGGUUGCUGCCUUUGAGCGUGAACUGAGGGAUAAGAGUGAGGGUAAGGAGCGUGAAGAAAGCAGUGACGAUGAUAAAACUUCAAACACAACGCCAUUGCACAUCUUAGCAAGAUCACUACCAUUGGAUAUCUCUGAUGAUGAGCUGCAAGUGGUACUGAAAAUGAUGAAUAUUCUUUUCGAGUAUGGGGCUGGAUGGAACUUCAUUGACUUCGAGGACAAAACAGUCGGUGAUUUGCUUUUGGAGAGGAAUCAAGACAGGGAAAGCCCUCUUUAUAGACGUCUCGUGGAAGCUGGUGUUUCCGCAGAGUUGUUGUUGAGAAGACUCAAUGGUGGUGAUAUCGAAUUCUUGGAUGCAGACAAGCCAGAUGAUAUCGACCCGGAAGAAGUUAUUCAAGUAACAUCCGAUGGUCAGAAGCAAGGCCCGGUUGCUAGCCAUAAUGAUGACGAAGCUACAGCAACAGAUCAACAAGUGUACCUGCAGACAAAACUAGAGUAUAAAGACGAUGCACUCAUCACAAAGAAUAACAAGGACGGUGUGAUGAUGGACUGGGAAACAAAGAUAAUGAAAAUUGCCUCCAAGACUUUAUUCCCCAACCCUGAGGCGACCAACUCUGCCACGGUUUUGAAUAUUGGCUUUGGGAUGGGGAUCAUUGAUACAUUCAUCGAAGCCCAAAAACCUUACCGUCAUUAUAUUUGUGAGGCCCACCCAGACGUUUUAGCUAAGAUGAAAGAAGACGGUUGGUAUGAAAAGAAUAAUGUGAUUAUUUUGGAGGGAAGAUGGCAGGACACUUUAAACAAGCUACUAGACGAGGGUGAAGUAUUUUUCGAUGGUAUCUAUUAUGAUACGUUCAGUGAACACUACCAAGACAUGUUGGAUUUGUACGAUGUCAUAGUGGGGCUGAUUAAACCAGAGGGCGUUUUCUCGUUUUUUAACGGAUUGGGUGCUGACAGGCCGUUGUGUUAUGAUGUGUAUAGAGAAAUCGUUGAGAUUGACGUUGCUAAUUAUGGAAUGAAAUGUGAUUACACUGAGUAUUCUCUUGACAAACAGCUGCCAGAUUGGAAUGACGUUAAGCAGUCUUACUUUAACUGCAAUUGUUAUUAUCAUCCGCGCAUCUCAUUUGCUUGA